UUUGAGUGUUUAAAUUGAAUUAGUUUUCGUUGAAUUAGGUGGUUUUAUGAGUUUAUUCCAAAUUUUUAGGCACUAUUACUAACAAGAAAGGAAAUAAAAAAAAAACUUUUUUUGUUGUAAUGACAGUGUUGUGCUAAUGUUGGAUGGCAGCUAUACUUAGGUCUUUGAGUUCUUGACACAAUUGUUAUCAAAUUUACAUUUUGAUGAGUCAUUUUUAGAUUUUAUAUCUAAUCGAAUAUAAUGAUGAGAGUCACCUUGAUUUUCUUACAUCAAGUCUUUUACCUUUUAUAUCUUGGUGAAACGAGCUUGUCUAGGUAAUAUCAUUCUUACACAAUGAUGCCUAUUCCCAAUAGUGAAAUUGAGAUAUCUGUUCCAUGGGGUAAAAUUUCAGGUAAAACUUGGGGAGAUAAAUCCUGUUCUCCCAUUUUGGUUUUACAUGGAAUCCAAGACAACUGUGGCAGUUUUGAUCGCCUUAUUCCAUUGUUGCCUAGAGCAUUUUAUUAUGUUUGUAUAGAUCUUCCAGGUCAUGGAAUGUCAUCUCAUUUUCCUCCUGGUUUACCCCUUGAAUUUAUAAAUUAUGUGUAUUCCGUUAAACUAGUUGUGGACCACCUUAAAUGGACCAAAUUUAAGAUGAUUGGUCACAGUCUAGGAGCUCAGAUUACUGUAUUUUUUAGUUCUCUAUAUCCAAAUUUUGUGGAAAAAGCUGUACUUAUAGAUGGUAUUACCCCAAUCAUUAUCGAUGUUGAAAGGACUCCAUCUCAUUUAAGAAGUAUAUACAACAAUUUACAAACUUUAGAAAAAAAUAUUUUAAAUAAGAAACCUCCAUCCUAUACAUAUGAAGAAGCUCUUAAAAGGCUUAUCAGCAGUAGAAAAACAGAGAUUAGCAAGGAAUCUGCAGAAUGUUUGAUUAAAAGGGCUCUUGCUCCUUCUAAUGAUGGAUACAUGUUUUCUUCUGACCAACGUUUAAAACUUUUUUUGCGACCAUGCCUUACAAUGCAACAAAUGAAAAGUAUCAUAAAUUGCAUGGUAUGUAAAACUUUGAUGAUAAUUGCUCAGGAUACAUAUGAUCUCAUUGAUGAAGUUUCUGAAGAGUUAUACCAUGAAAGAUUAAAAGAAUUUUUUUCAAAAAAUCCUCAUUUGAAAAUGUAUUUAGUUAAAGGGAAUCAUGAUGUACACAUGAACUUCCCUCAAAGAGUAGUACCUUAUGUUACAGCAUUUUUGUUAGAGCCAAAUAAGAGUUCCCUGUGAUGCUUAAAUCUGUAAUAAGACUUAUUAGUUUGGAAACAUUUAUUUUUUAUACGUAGUAUGAAAUUUAUAUGAUAUUUAAGAAAGAAAUGGUGUGGGUGUCAGUCAGAAAACAAUUUGAUUGGCUGAUGUCUGGCUCAUACAACUAUUUUAUCCAAAGUUGCAAUGUGAUCCAAACAUGGCAUUGAAUAAAUAAUUAGUAAAUGUUCAAUGUUCUGACCCCAUACCAUCUUCUUGGUUUAUUUUUAAAACCUUUGUUUUAUAUUUGAAUUAUAUAAUUGUUAUAUUUAUAUAAAGAGUAAUUAUUUUUUAUUGUUAUUUUAACAUUACUGAAGUUAUUUAAUAAAAUUAUUUUUUAUAUA